UUACGACAGUUCAACGCCAUUUCCGGCGCAAACACACGAAGAGCCAGUGCGACGAAAACAUGCGAGGUCAAAAGUUAUGGUCCUGACUUUGAACAGACACGGAACCUAACACGCAGACAUGGCCAGUUCCAUGGUGGCAGUGGGGCUGGCUCUGGCAGCAGCUGGAUUUGCAGGUCGCUAUGCCAUGCAGGCCAUUAAACAGAUGGAGCCUCAGAUGAAACAGGCCCUUCAGAGCUUCCCCAAGACGGCUUUUGGAGGAGGAGGGUACUAUAAAGGCGGAUUUGACCCAAAGAUGAACAAGAGAGAAGCUUGCCUGAUUUUGGGUGUCAGCCCCACUGCCAACAGGAUUAAGAUCAGAGAAGCCCACAGAAAACUGAUGACCCUGAACCAUCCAGACAGAGGUGGAUCUCCCUACAUAGCAGCGAAGAUAAAUGAAGCGAAGGAUUUGAUGGACGACCAGACAAAGAAAUAGAAGACGCUGGACGAUGACCUUAAUGUGAUUCUACGCUGAUCUUCUCCAUACUGUUGCACUGACUUGAGCAAUUACCAGACUUUUCUAACGUAUUGUUCUCAAAUAAAAUCACAAUAAAAACGUUAAUUGGA